GUUCACCUGGGUCCCUGCGUGACCUCUGCAGGCUUUGGGAGGCGUGAGCCGGGCAUUAGAAACCGGCGUUAGCUGGCGAGCGGGGUUCCGAGCGGCACCGGAGCCUCCCCGCGAGCAUUCUGCGCUUCUCGGCUCGCGCGGGGAGGAUUUAUGAGCUGGGUGUGGGGAGAGCCCGCGAGGCGGCGGCGGCGGAGGCUCCUGGGGCAGCAUGGUGAGUCUCUGGAGGGUGAGAACUCGGAGGGGAGAAGAGAGGCAGAGAGAGUUGGAAGUUCUCCCUAGAGCCGGUUGACCCUUUUAGGGCUUUCGGGACAAAUCUUGUUUUUGAGGGCGAGGGCUGAAGCCGGAAUAGGGGUGUUUGUGUGUGGGGAGAAGUCGGGGGUGGGGAAGCUGUGGGCCUUUGGAUGUUGCUGAACACCACCUUCUGUCCGCGCCAACCAGGAUGGCCAGUGACUAGGGGUGAUGGGAGCUGUAGCCCAGCAACAUCUGCAGGGCCACAGGUUCCCCAUCCCUGUUCCGAAACGAAGGCCAGGCCUUUGGAUGCUGCGGACUCCCACAAUCCCUACCCUAUGGACGUCAGCCCAUCUUCUCCCCAACUGCCUACUUGGGGAUGUGAGGUUGCCUGUUUUCAGAUAUCCGUGUGCAACCUCACAGAAGGGCAGUGGUGGCCACCAACUGGGAUGAAUUUAAAAGAGGACCAAGCAAAUUCGUGGCUAUCUCCUGCCAACCUAGCAGUUCGAAAGCACAUCAAAGUGCAAGUACAGUGGUGCCUCGCAAGACGAAAUUAAUUCGUUCUGCGAGUUUUUUCGUCUUGCGAGUUUUUUCGUCUUGCGAAGCACGGUUUCCCAAAGUCUUCAAAAUCACCAAAGUCUUCAAAAACCUCAAAAAAGGCUACCACACCGCGUGCUAUGAGUUGCUCCUCGAAGUCACCCUGGGUAUUAACGGUUUUAAGAAAAAGGAAACAAACUUGCAAGACGUUUUCGUUUUUUCCGUUUUUCGUCUUGCGAAGCAAGCCCAUAGGGAAAUUCGUCUUGCGAAGCAACUCAAAAACCGAAAAACUCUUUCGUCUUGCGAGUUUUUCGUCUGGCGAGGCAUUCGUCUUGCGAGGUACCACUGUAGAUAAAUCGGUACCGUUCCGGCGGGAAGGUAAACGGUGUUUUCAUGCACUGCUCUGGUUCGCCAGAAGCGGCUUAGUCAUGCUGGCCACAUGACCCGGAAGCUGUACGCCGGCUCCCUCGGCCAAUAAAGCGAGAUGAGCGUCGCAACCCCAGAGUCGGUCACGACUGGACCUAAUGGUCAGGGGUCCCUUUACCUUACUGAUGGCUAUGCCCUUGCCUCCACAGGGAGAGGCAGCGAAUGUUUUUGGAUGCCAGUUGCUGGCAAACAUAGGGGGGAAGGUCCUGUGUGUGGGCUUCCCACAGGCAGCUGCUUGGCCACUGUGAACAAGAUGCUGGGCCAAAUGGGGGCAACUGUGCUAAUCUAGUAGGCUCUUCUUAGGUUAUUUUAGGGAAGCGUGGCCACAUGUGUUCUCCUUUUUCCAGUGUGGGUGGACUUUCUAGGUGGGGCGGGUGAGGCCUAGUUUCAUCUGACCAGCCACAGGGCCCAGGCCUGCUGAUAAGACAUUGUUCCUGUUGAGGUGUUCCUGCUCUUCAUUUGUGAUUCAGGGACAGUCAAUUGAUCAAGCUCAAUGGAAUGCAUAAUGUGUGUGUGCACUGAAAACAAAGAAAUCACCAAGUCAAUGGAUAUAGUCAACCUGAAACUACAAAUUUAUCCAGAUUUCCACCUAUUCUAAUAUAUACCCUAUGAAAAAAUAUAGUUGGAUAUUUGCUAGUUGAGAACUGAUUUGGCUGAGUCUAAUCCAUUUAAUAUUGCUGUUCUUAAAUAUAAGCACAAGCUGUUAGGCUGGAUAAAAAGGGCAUAUAAAUGUGCUGAAAUAGCAAUUCCACCUCACCUGCUUCUGUGAUGAAAGGUAGUUGUCUCCUUGUACCAUACUUGAUAAUUUCACUUGGAAAUAUACAUAAGUAUGAGAAUGAGCACUAGUGGUAUUGGUACAAUUACAAUUUGGGGGGGGGGGGUUUGCCUGCAGAUGGCACCUGUGGUAGUAUGCAUUCCAGAUUUCAGUGACCCAACCACUGCUGAAUGAGUGGUCAGCCUAUGUUGUUUCAGUGACCUGCAAGCCCUUCUGUAAAACUUCAAAGAAAAAAACAACAACUUCAUAUAUGUGUUUCAAAUCAUCCUGAAUAUCACUUCUUACACUCCAUUACCUAGAUUUGCCACCAAGCAUACACUGAGUCAUGGUGUCCUAUGAAAUCUCUGCUCUUUCCCAACUGUAUUUGUGUGAUGUGUCAUAUAUGUGUUUUGCAAACGUAUUUGCCACAUUCGCACCAUGUAAGCUUUACAUGUACACCUAAAAAUAUUAGUGGAAAAUGAACCCAAGUGUAUAUGGGAUAGUUUACCCCAUUAAAUACCAUUAGUCAUAUAGUUAAGUGGAAUUGCCAUACAACUGAAACUGGAUGCCACAACUGUUGGGAGAGGACAGCUAUCAACCACUUAAGCACAUUGCUUGUGACCUUCCAAAAGCACCCGUUUAUUUGCUGUUGGAAAAAGAAUGCAGUAUUGCUUCCAAUCUAGUGAUGAAAGUCAUUUAUUUAUUUAUUAUUUUUAUAGUAUGCUUAAAAUUGUUCUAUAGCGUUAAAAACAAUAAAAUUAAAUAAAUUGCAAAAAAAAAUCCGAAACAAAAAAUCAACAAAGCAGCAGGAUGAAAAACAAAUAAAAACAUGUAGUAUGCUCUAGAGUUCUUCAUUGUAAUUUCAGGUGUAUUGUCCUUCAGUUGUCAACUUGAAAGUGAGAACUGAGACCUUAGUUAUCCACUGAAAAGUAUUUUUUGGUACUUUUGGAGUAAAACCCUGCAAUAAACUGGAUUCUCCUAAUAUUAGGCCAGCACUGGUGAAUGUUUCCUGAAACACGGUAUUGUGACCAACUGAGUGGAUGUCCACCGAUGUAGAUCUGAAAGGGAAGGGGUUCUCGUCUUAUGUUAAACUUAUGGUUUGAAAAUCACUGCUGCACAUCUCUUUUCUAGUUUGCUGUUUAGACCAGGUCCUGUAUUUCAACAUGGCUCAUUCCAUGCUAGUGUUGCCCUGUUGGGGAACUGGGGUGAUCCUGGCAUGGAAAGGAGCAAUAUUUUCAACUCCCUUUCACAUGGCCCAAAACUUCUGAAACCACAGAAGAGAUGCAAGAAAGAGCCAGGCUACAGAGAAUCCCAUGCUGUUGAGACUGUUGAAAGAGCUUUAGAAUUCGUACUACAUAUUAUCUUUAGGGGCAAAACUUCUUAAUGUAGGCAUGAUAAAUGUUGCAUGAGCUAUAUCGUACAUUAAGCACCUCUUAGCCAGUGGUGUUUGAGAAACUAGGUCACUAAGCAGCAGUCUUCUGAACUACUUAUUAUCUUCCAUUGAUUUAGACUGUGGGAAGCAGCCUUGUACAACUGGAACCUAGUGAAUCCUGCUAGGACCUGUUUAGUUUCUGUUUUCAGCCUGGACUUGACGAUCUGUUGCAUUUCAGCAGAGCAAGGAUGCAGCUCCCAGAUUUCCAGCUCUACAGUGCCAUUGGUUGCUACCCAUACUAUGAAUUAAAUUUAUAUAUAAUUUAUAUAAUAGAUUUUCAUUUUCUACCUUUUGGGGGCAGUGGGAGUGUGGUAGACUUGUCACGCUUCAUCAUUAGGAAGAGAAGCAGAACAUUCCUAAAGUUUAACACUGAAUACUCCUGUUCACGCACCUUGACACACAAAUAUUGCCUGCAAAUGUAUCUCUCUCUAAUGCUUAUAUGAGAUCUAACUACCGUAUUUAUUGCUCCAUAAGACGCACCUGACUAUAAGACGCACCUAGUUUUUAGAGGAGGAAAGGGGGAAAGCCCUGUUUUUUGGGGGAUCAGCUCACAGUUGUGCAGCUUCUUUUGCAAAAGGGAAAAGCCCCUUUUUUGAGGAUCAGCUCAAAGUUGUUGAGCUUACUUUGCAAAGGGAAAAAAUCCUGUUUUUAUGGGGUUUUCAACUCACAGUUCUGCAGAUUCUUUAGGAAAGGAAAGGGAGCCAUUUCUACAGUUUCCAGACAGAUAAUCUAAUCAACCAGUCACAUGUCGCUGGGGAAACAAACAGCCUCCGCCUGCGGAACAUUCAGCAAUGGAGGCCUGGGCAAGGGGGCGGGACCGGAAAGGGAGCCAGCGAUCGACCACACAUUUGCGCCAUAUGACGCACAAACAUUUCCCCUUGCUUUUUAGGAGGAAUAAAGUGUGUCUUAUGGAGCGAAAAAUACGGUAAGUCAUAAUCAGAGUAGAUUCAUUGAAAUCAAUAGCCUGAUUUAAUUUAAUUGAUUUCAGUGGGUAUAUUCUGAGUAUGGCUAAUGUUGACUUUCGUCCUCUGUAUUCCCAUCUUCCCAUGACCAUUGUCCAUGCUGGCUGGAGCUGAUGAAAAUUGUAGUCCAAGAAAAUCUAAAGGGCACCAUGUUGUCUACCCUUGAUGAGGAGAAGCUGUAUGAAUCAACCCUGAAAUGUUAAACUCGAGAGUACUUAAUAUUCCUAAAGGGUUGGUGCUUAUAGUGAAGCUGUUGUUGUUUUUGUUAGAGAAACUACUAAUGCUCCAUUGCAAACAGUUUUGAAACUGAGUUUCAAAAGCAGCGUCCCAAAUCAGCCCUGUAGUCAUGUUAUAUCUAAAGAGCAAUAUAAAAAUCUGAGAAAUAGUGCUGUUGUGCUCUGCAUUUCACCUUAUACAUUUUUCUCUCUGUUAACCUCUCUGCAUUUCACCUUAUACAUUUUUCUCUCUGUUAACCUUGUUUCCCCCCUAGAUCAUGUCUUUCAUAUUUAACCUGUUUUGUCAAUUGCUCUAUGCUUACCACUUAUCACAAUGCCUUAUCAGAAUGUGGUUCCAAACUGUCUGACCUCUAGAUAUUGUUACAAUGCAGCUGCUAAAUUCUAUUCAAAACAAAGUGCUGCAGCAAAAGUAAAUAUUAGGCAUAAUUGUGUGCAAACAAUUUUCUUGCCCUUGAAUAAGUUAUUUCCUGGGGGCCUUUUAUAGUCUGACUGUAUUAUGGUCACUAUUUUUCCAUGAAAUCUCAGACUAUGAUUUAUCACAGCACUGGGAUGAAAAGUGUAUACUAUAGAUUUACACAAUAGUAAUGUGUUCGGUUAGUAAUAAAGUGAUGUUUAGCAGUUGGUGAGCCUUGCUUUUACCAAUAUUUUCGGGAAACAUGGAUUGCCGACUUGGGUAUAUAAGAUGCUAAAAACAUCUUGGGCAGUCUUCUCUCACUGUGAAGUAAAAUGUUAGUCUGCUGCCUCUCAGAUAGUGCACUAUGCAUGCCUAGCAUUUUUUUUUAAUUCCAAUAUGCAGAAACGUGAAUAUGGGUUCCAAAUGCCACGUUAAACUAAUAAAUUUUGACUGGUGUUGGUUGCCAAAUACCAUAUAUACUCGAGUAUAAGCUGACUUUUUCAGCACAUUUUUAAUGCUGAAAAAGCCCCCCUCGGCUUAUACGCGAGUGAGGCGGGUGACGGUGGCAGAGGGACAAGCAGCCCAAAAGGAGCCUUUUCUCACUGCUUGUCCCACUGCCGCCCGCCUCUCACAAGGACAGGCACAGGAGCCGCGGUUGGGAGAGGCGUUGCGCUGCGCUGUGCCUCUCCCAACUGCGGCUCCUAUGCCUGCUCUUGCAAGCGGCAGAGGCAGCGGCGGAGGGAUGAGCAGCCCGAAAGGAGUCCUUUUGGGCUGCUCCUUCCUCCUUCUCCACCUUUGCCGCUGUCGGCGGUGGUGGAGGAGGAAUGAGCAGCCCAAAAGAGCCCUUCAAGGCUGCUUGUUCUUCCGCUGCUGCUGCUGCCACCAGGGUUGUGGUGUGGUGAACCGGCUUAUACUCGAGUCAAUACGUUUUCCCAGUUUUUUGUGCUAAAAUUAGGUGCCCCGGCUUAUAUUCGGGUCAUUUUCACAUGUACUGCUAGUAAGACAGGUGUCUCCCAUCCUAUAUUUGUGCAUCUGGUUCUUCCUGCCUAAGUGCAGGAAGUUUUUGUUUUGCUGUCUUUAGAAUUGAGAUGCAACUUUUAUGUGGGUGGGGUGGGAUGUGCAUUCUCUGUCUUGCACUGGUAAAUAGAGAACUGGAAUGUGAACCUGAUGUGUGAUAUGGGAUGGUUCUUGGGGAACAUUUUGAGUGUGCGCGCUUUCCUUUGUUUGCUGGAGAGCCUUUCUGGCUCCACCCACUGUGUGGCCCCUGGAAGAUGGCCAUCUUUGAAUUCAGCCCUUGAACCAAAAGAGUUUUCCCACCAGAUAUUUAGUCUCUGUUUUUUUCUUUGUUUUUAUUUCUUAGUCCAUAUCUUUACUUCUUAUUCACCCAACAUAGAUUUCUAAAGGCUUAUAGAUAUAAGACUGGGGUAUAGGUAUAAUGAUGGAAAUUACCACAUGUAUUCUAAUUAUGCAAAUUCAUCACUACAGUGUUUCACAGACCACAUUGGAAAGUAUUAUACUCACAACCUCUUUAUUUUAGGCUGCAGGCUGGAUAUGCAGGUGUACAGCAUGGUAGCAUGUAACAUUUCUUAUUUUUAUUUUUUUAAAUAGCUUUAUUUACAAAAUUGUUUUAUUUAUGAAAUUGUCAUUUUUAUAGUUCAGUUGCUUUGAAAUAUUUCAUAGGAAGUGAUUCAAAAAUGGUAAUAAAUGCAAUAAAUAUGUGGAGAACAGACUUGUCAUGUGCCCAAGAGCAAUGGUCAGUCACUCUCUUGAGUUUCCUAUAGUAGGCACAGGUGUAUCUGGGCUUCUGCAUGUAUUAUGAAUCAGCUCUAAAUAACCAGUUUUUAAAGAUCAAAGAGAGAUUGGACCCAAGUCUGGAAGUUGUGACUUGUUUCUGACAAGUGACUAAUUGCAAGCUUGGCCCAGGCAGGGUAAGAAUUUGAACUGAGCGUUCACUGUCCCCCUUUAAAACACAUUUUUAAAAGUAAUGUUGGUGGUUAUGUAAUUUAUUUGCUCUUCAGAAAUAGUGUGCUACAAUGGAAAAACAGCUAGAUGUGUGCUCUCUUUCCUAGAAAGCCAUAUUUCUGAAUCCUUUAUCGAUGCCUUUAUGGAGGGAUUAGGACAAACAGUCGUAAGUUCACAGUUACAAAAACAACCCUGCAGUAUAUAAAGGUUCAUUUUAGAACUGUAGGCUUUGAAAUAUAAAAAAAUGUUCCGGCAUGUUAACAUACAUUGGCUUAUUCCUCCACAGGGUGUGAUAGGUGUGCAGCUGGUGGUUACCAUGGUGAUGGCUAGUAUUAUACAGAAGAUCAUACCUCACUACUCUCUGGCGCGGUGGCUUCUCUGUAGUGGCAGGUAAGAUAAGGGCAACAAAUUGAACGUCUGACAAAGUGGGUUCUAUCCCAUGAAAGCUUAUACCAUAAUACCACUGAUAAGACUGUAAGGUGUUGUUGUAAUUGCCCAAUUCUGUAAUGCAUUUGCGUUUACCUAGAAACAAAUCAUAGUGAUGUGCAGAUCUUGAAAGUUUGUCUUUCAGUAGAAUAGUCACUUUCAAUCUUUUAAAGUCAUUUGGAGAUUUAUCACUGUACUGUAACUUCAGAUGAAAUUGAGUAAUACGUGGUAUGCUUAGUUAUACUACUGUGUAUCUUAAUGAACAUAACUCUUGGCAGGGUUCUUGUUGCAGACUAUUCUGUUCCAUCGAAGUUCCUCUUAAUCCUGUGGCAACAUAUUUCUUCCUUAAGUGCCUGUAAUAAAAUACAGUUUCUCCUAUAGUUGAAAUACAAAGUUGAAAAUGAAUGAAAGAAGCGGGAUAGUUUAUUCACAAAACAAGCUGUUGUUAGGGGCAAGUAUACUAUUUGUGAUUCACUUCUUAGUGAUCUGGAUCACAAUAGUUCAAGAUUAGUCAUAAAUUUCCAUUUGGAUGUGUUCUUUUCCUUGUGGGUUGUCUUGUCAACAGAUAGUUCUGAAAAAAUGGUGAAGUAUUAGCAACAUAAUCCCCUAGCUUGCAGACUAUUCUGAUAUAAAUGUUCUGAAAUUCCAGAUAGCAAGAAUUAAUCUUUUUUUAAAAAAAAAUUCCCAUAGUAAGAAAUCAGUUAAAGAUGUUGAUUAAAUAAUUCCACACCUAGUUCAAACAAAAUCACUUUAAAAUGUGUGAUGCCGAGGUGUUCAGUUGAUUGGUUUUACAAGUAAUAACUAAUGAUUUUCCCAUUCACCUUAAAUUGAAUUGAUUAUUCAAGUAAGGAUUGUGUGAGCCAGGUGGCUGGAUGGGAAAUGCAAGGAAGGAUUGUGGGAGCUGCUUGUUCUAGAGAAUUGCCUAAACAUCUCACUAGAGAGGAUAGGUAGAAGCACAAAUUAGGCAGAGGGGAUGAUAUAGUUGCAUUGACCCUUGCUUGGUGUUAAAACAACAGCAUUUUGUUGGUCCAUCAUGGACUCCUAUAGAGAUUUUUACAGCUGCUCCUGGGUAUUCAUGAGGACUGUCAUAGAAUAUUGGAAGUCCUGAUAUUAAUUUAGCUGCAGUAGUGAAAAUAUUGCACGUUGCCAGUGGUUAUUUUUGCAUAGCAACACAACCCUUUUCUGUUUUGUUCUGAACUCUUAAUAACCAAGUUAUUCAGAAUGUGGGAUUUUGGUUUCAGAAGCUGUUUGAAAGGAUGAAAAUGUUGAAAAUGUAGGCAAAUGGCAAAAAGGUGGGGUUUGGGCAGAAAUGAAGAGUGUGAUUGCUCUGCCCCCCACCUCCAGUCACCAGAGGCUUUUGGUAGUCACUGUGUGCUUUUAAAACUAUUUUUGAACCUCAUUAGUUGAGUCACAGCACUUUUAAACUGAUAUCUUUGAAGCUCCUUAUGUGCGUUUCUGUAACAUAGUAAGCUACUCUUUUGAAACCUCAAUGUACAAAAGUGACACCAGUUUGGAAGCUCAUUCUGAUAAUGGGCUAUCUACUACAGGGCAACAUUUAUGUAAGGCAGUAUGUGACAUAUGAUAACAUCAGCUUGAAAUCAGGAAUUUUGUGAAUGAACAAGAAAGCAAAUUCUUUUAUAUUUAGUCUGACAAACACCUGUAUUUCUCUUGGUACCUGCUUCUUCAAAAAUCUUGUAGCUUGCGAUGGUAUCUGCAUCCCACAGAAGAAGAAUUACGUAUUCUUGCCGGGAAACAACAAAAAGGAAAAAGCAAGAAAGAUAGGUAAGCAAGCAAUAUGAGCCCGUCAUUGUUUUUCAACCUCUGUCUCCUAGCUAGAAAAUGGGGAUGACUAUUUGCUAUUCCAAUUAGUCUUUGAAAAUGAAGAAAAAUACUGUUCUACAUAUGGAAAACUGGAUGGAUGUGCACAUCUGCCCCCCAAUACACAUAGAAUAUAAUAGAAUCUCUAAGGUAUCUGCCUUCUCUCCACCAUUACCCCCAUAUUGAGUAUGGCUUAUAAAUUUUGUUUGUUUACUGUAGGAGUGGCUAACUCUUUAUUUGCGGCCCUGAUCCAAACCAUUUUUCCCACUCCCUCCAACUCCACCAACUUUGGCUGCACCCUGAUGCUAAAUAAAUCACACACAUAGAGAAAGAAAGAGAGGGAGACCUGGUAACUUUGAUGGCACUCAGCAUAUGGAAUGGUUUUUAUGAUGUGUCUCUCUUUACAGGAAAUAUAAUGGUCAUAUUGAAAACAAACCGCUAACCAUUCCUAAAGACAUUGAUCUUCAUUUGGAAACAAAGUCUAUUACUGAAAUAGAUGCAUUAGGUAAGGGUCUGAGACCAUUAUAAACUGCAUGGUGUCACAAUUGUGUAUUCUUUAAUCCGAAAUGUAUGGUGUUGUCCAAAGAGAGCUACAUAAUUCUUAAUUCCAGGUUUGUUCAGGUACUUUCUUGUAGAACAAACAUUUCCAAAGGUGCAAAUUAGCCUUUUUUGAAUUUCUAAUCUGGCCCCUGUUUUAAAAGCAUCUAGUUUCUAAACAAUGACUUGCAAUAUUACUGGAGAACUUGGGAGGUGAAAGGUAAGCUCAUUAUAGCUGUCCCUAACUUUGCAUAGGGACGCGGGUGGCGCUGUGGGUAAAACCUCAGUGCCUAGGGCUUGCCGAUCGCAUGGUCGGUGGUUCAAAUCCCCGCGGCGGGGUGAGCUCCCGUCUUUUGGUCCCAGCUCCUGCCCACCUAGCAGUUCGAAAGCACGAAGUGCAAGUAGAUAAAUAGGUACCGCUUUAUAGCAGGAAGGUAAAUGGCGUUUCCGUGUGCUGCGCUGGUGCUGGCUCGCCAGAGCAGCUUCGUCACGCUGGCCACGUGACCCGGAAGUGUCUCCGGACAGCGCUGGCCCCCGGCCUCUUAAGUGAGAUGGGCGCACAACCCUAGAGUCGGACACGACUGGCCCGUACGGGCAGGGGUACCUUUACCUUUAACUUUGCAUAGUAAAUUGUGUAAGUUGAGAAAUGAAUUCCAUGUAACAACCAUUAUUUGUUUUACAGCCAAUUUCAAAUAAAUCAUGAAGGGAGGAAGCUAUUUUAAGUUUUACACUGGAAAGAUUUACUUCACUUUGAGCACCAGUGCAUGUUGGAGGAGGACUUUCUGAUGGCAUACAGAAAGGGCUCCAAUCAGCAUCAUUUUAGAGAGAGAAGACCCACUAUACAUUGUAGGCUAAACUUAAAGUUUUUAAGCUGUUCCAAGAUGAUACUGAUAUCAAACUGGUCAUGGUAGUUCCCAUAGAGUUAUGUAUUUGAUGGCAGGUAGAACACACACUUCGCAUGGAUGCAAUCCUGAUCAGUCCAUGGCAUUGUCAGAUAAAACGCCUGUGGUUGCAGAGCUGGGGAACAUCCCUGUUUGUGAUCCUGGCAAGCCAUUGCUAAUCAGAGUGGACUGUAUGAGACUGGAUGGAGCAGUAGUGUAGCUAGGUAUAAUAAAGCAGUGAAUCCAUUUGAACUGGAUUCAAGGAGCAAUGUCCUCCUUGCCAGAAAGCUUGUGCCUUCUGUUUGGUGUAUCUGGAUAUUCUAGCUAUUUUCCGCAUUUUGUGAUUGGUCUUCUAGUAAUCUAAUUAUAGGUGAAAGUUGUUGCUGGUUUUUUAUUUUUAUUUUUUAUUUUUAAGAAAACAACAAUGAAAGGUUGAUAACUGCAGUUCAUGUAUGGACAUCCUGGGUGUAUUUGAAACUCUAGGAACCACAGAUGCUAAAAAUGUUUUCUGCUUGUAUUUCAGUUACUAAGUAACCAUUUAUAUUUCAGCCUUGCAUUAUUUUCCUGAAUAUCAGUGGCUGGUGGACUUCACAGUUGCGGCUACAGUGGUAUAUUUGGUUACUGAAGCCUACUACAGCUGGGUGAAGCCCUCACAAGAAAUGAAUAUCAGUAUAGUCUGGUGUCUGCUUGUUCUGGCUUUUGCAAUGUAUCCUUUUACAGUGUCACAACUGUUCUGUAUGACUGCUUAAAAGAAGAUCUAAUGUUCUGUGAAACACGCAGGAGAUAAUUUGUUGCUUUUAAUUGAAUCAUAGGAAGUCUUAUGGUAGUGUUCAUCUAAAGCAUGCAUAAUUCAUUAUUACAUAGUGCAUUAUUCUGUAUGAAAGAAUUUUUCUUUGUCCAGAAGCAUAGCCAACAUCUACAAGACAUGCACAGUACUGUGCAGCAAUGCUAAGCUUCUGCUUGCUGGUCCUGGCAAUGGUGACUGGAUAGUACCAAAGAGGUGUUUAAAGAAUGCUGAAACAGUCUUGCAUGGCCUGCCUAUAUUUUGCAGAGACAGAGUAAGUUGCAAAUAAGUUGUUGAGCUUCAUGCCAAGCCUCUCCGCUCCGUCUUGUUCUGGAUAUUUUUGGCUUUAAAAAUGACUUUGUAUGUUUUAGGUCUACACAGAAUUCUUUGUCAGGCUGGCUUCUGUUCACAGUGAUAAGAUUUGUAAGAAGGCUGAGUAAAUACCCUUGCUUUCUAAUGUUUUUUCCCCCUGUCUAGUGCUAGUGAUUGACAUUGCUGCUCAGGUAUUGAUAAAUAGUCUUUUAUGAUUUGUUUGCUGACAUAAGUAGAAUAAAUCAUAUUUCUAGUUUUAGGUUUCAGAUUUUCUGCAAGAUGCUGGUUUUAAUGUCUUUAUUGUAAGAUAUGUUAACUAAACAAUGCACUAUAAAACUGUCCUACUUAUGAACUCUUUCAUGGCUGUAAAAUCUUAGCCUAGAUCUUGUUUUGUAAUUAUUUGCAUAGGGAGAGAUCCAACAUUGUAACAUUUUGUUAGACUCUAAAUACAAACUUGUACUAAAUAAUUGGCCUGCAACAAAAUUAGGGCUUCUGGCUACAGCUGCCUAUAUUGCACAGCAUGCAGCAAAAGUCAUAGUUAUGAAUAACGUAUACUAAAAGGAGCACUUGUGUUCAGACUGCUAUUGUAGAAGAGUACCACCAGCAGCAAUCUAUAUAUAGCUCUUUUUCUCUCCUUUGUAAAAAGAUCUCAGCAUGUGCCAGCCUCUGCUUAUCUGCAGGCUUGCAGUCAGAGAGGAGACCCUGCAAAAAUACUGCAGCAUUUAGGGUAGGGAAUGAAAAAAAGUCAAAUUGCUGAUUGCUAUCUCUUAGUUGCAUAGAUUGUCCUAAAAACUAUUAUUUUGCAUUCUCUUGAAGCUUUAGACAAGCUUUAACUUAAGACAUUUGCUAACUUUGAAAAAGGAUAGCACUGCAUUAUCUACUGGAUAGCUCAGUCGGUUAGAGUGUGGUGCUGAUAAUGCCAAGGUUGCAGGUUCGAUCCCCAUAAGGGAGAUCUGCAUAUUCCUGCAUUGCAGGGGGGUGGAUUAGAUGAUCCUCAGAGUCCUUUCCAACUCUAUGAUUCUAUGCUGGUUACACCCACCCACACUCACAACCUCUCAUAUUGUAUGGAAUGAGAUCUCCAUUGAAGAGUUUUGUGCACUAGUUUGCAUCUCUUGUUGCUGAAAUCUGUCUUCUCAACCAUAACUUACCCACUCAAAAAACCCAGAUGGAUAUAUGGGCAAAAAAAUAUGAAGAAUCUGACAGCGCUCAAAAGGUGGUGGCACCAGUUGUAUGUGGCAGCCUUCUUUGUACUCCAAUCUGGAAAACUCCUACAGCUUCUGUACAUUGUCACAUAAUUAAGAAAACAGACCACUGCUGCUUCUAUAACAAGUGCUGGUCAAACAGCUUUCUGAAGAGAAGCUUCAUAAUGAGUCUAAACUGACUGAAGCAGAGGAGGCAGAGUUCAGUGCAAGAUGUUGGUGUCUCUUGAGCUGGUAAAGUCAAAUGAAACAAAAUAUUCGCAGUGUUCCUUGUAUGUGGAUAGCAGUUUAAUCAGUGUAGUUCAUGGCUAAAAUAAUAUUUACCUCUACGCUAUGAAUCAAAUAAAUGCCCAAUAGGAGGUGACAUUCUUAAGUAUGCAUACUGAAAUGUGCUUUGGGCAUUGUUGACUAAUGAAUCCCCAGGCCAUAGAGUGUAUGUACGUUCAAAUUCUGAUGUACAUUAUAUUAAGAAUCAGUAUGGAUUGAUACAGUUAAUAAGUGCUUGUUUGUGCUCUUAAAAGUGUUGCUUCAAUAGCGAUAUGUCUGCAUUAGUUGACUUAACAGUCAGUACUGUAUUGUGUUCUUGAUUUUCUUUUUUUAAUGAAAACUCAUUAUGUUAUUUAAACUAUUUUAAAAUCUUUUGGAAACUGAUGAUAGUGUGAUUAAUAGAGGAAAAAUUAUUGUGUGAUCAUGUUAUCAAGUCAGGUUUUGGUGUUCAACUAUUGCAUAAAAUUUGUUAAAUUCUGGAGUUUCUGAUCAUAAAAGCUGUAAGCUUUAAUAUCCUAAUAUCUCAAUUUAAUUCCAGCUUCCUUUAAAAUAAGUGAAAUUAAUAUUCAACUGUACAAAAAGCUUGUUUGGUUUCUACAAAAUUGUUGGUUUUGGAUGUAACUUGAGAGAAAUCAAGCUUUGUUAAGAUCAACUCCUUUUAUACUUCAUUUCUGAAUAAAUCCUUGGUGCUAGCUCUCUUUAAAUACAUCUCUUUAAUAGGUAAACUGGAAGUUGUAUCUAAUUGUGUUUCUCUGGUGAUGGGAGGCUCGUUGUUUCGAAAGUGGCUUCCAUUAGUGGUAGGGGGGGGGAGUUGGUUUUAGUUUAUACGCUCUGCACCACCCAAUCUACUCCAGGGAGUUUGGAGACCCUUAGGAAAACCGGGAGUCACGCAGGGGAUGCCCCUCCCCUCACAAACCCUUCCACCAGUGGAAACUUCUGCUGAAUUAAGCAGCCUUCCAUCAGCAGAGAGAAAUAUACAAUUAGAUACAAACCAGGAUCUGAGCAGCUAGAUGCACUAUGUACGUAGUAGAAUUUUAUUUAUUUUUACUUUGAUCAGCAACCCUCCCCCAUUCCAUAUCAUUAAUUUCUUUUGGUUGAACUUACCUCUGUUUGAAGAGGAGGGGACCAUGUGGCAUAUUGGAGCUACGUGCUGAUGAUGAAACAUAAGCCAAAUUCCCUUUGGGCGUAUGGAACUAAUUGUCUGAUUUUUUUGUAAUAAGUUUAGUAUGUGUUGGCAGCACUGUGUUUAAACAAAUCCAUUCAGCUAUGCUUUCUCUAUUUAAUUUUCAUCGUAAGCUAAUUUUUGGCUAAUCUACGGAUUGUACAAAACUGUUCUUUUCCUUAACUAUUCUUAUGUAGCAAAAUAUUGUUUUCAUUAACUGCACACUACUUCAAAGUAGAAGAGGGAGGUGAGCGAUCCGUCUGCGUAACCUUUGGCUUCUUUUUCUUUGUCAAAGCCAUGACCAUUCUGAUAGUAACAGAAAAUUAUCUAGAAUUUGGACUCGAGUCAGGUAAGACCUUAAAAGGUUAUGUUUGGGCAACAUUAAUAUCAUUUAGUUGGAUCCAGAGAAAUGUUUAUACAAUAUUCAUCUAUUUCCAAAAUUUAUAGACUGCUAUUCACCACGGGUCACAAAACGAUUUACAGAGGAGUCCAUAAAACAAAUCACCGAUUAAAUAAUUUGGUGUUUAAAACAAUAAUAAACACAGGGAAAUUAUUAGGUGGGCAUAAUACAACUUCUUUUAUAAAUGCAUGCUGGAAUUGAAAGGUCUUUGUCAAGGAGACCAGUGGAAGGUGACUUUUUGAUGUGGCAAUCCCCAAGCCCCACCCCCCAACCCUUGGGCCCUGCCAAACGGGGUAGGAUAUGGAACAGGAGGAAGGGGGGAUAAUGUAAAAUCAGGUGGAAGUACUUGGGCUGCUUUGGUUCGCCAGAAGCAGCUUAGUCAUGCUGGCCACAUGACCCGGAAGCUGUCUGCGGACAAACACCUGCUCCCUCAGCCUAUAGAGUGAGAUGAGCGCCACAGCCCCAGAGUCGUCUACGAAUGGACCUAAUGGUCCGCGGUACCUUUACCAUUACCUCUACCUUCUGUGUACAAGAUCUCUCAUAGAAAGUGGUUCUACAAAAUUUCCAGCACUAACUUUUUUCUGCUCUGCACCACCACAUCACAGCACACCAUAUACCGACGUUUGAGGAGCCAAGGUUCAGCCCAGUGUGUGUUUUACAAACAGAUUCUUUCUCAAAAUAUUUACUACUCUUUUGCCUACUUCUAACCUUAGCUUGUUUUCAUUUCUUCAACUCUUUCCCCAUUACUGCAGUUGCCUGAAGUACCUCUUCUAGAAAUUGGUUAUGCUCUUAGGUUGCAAUUUAGGCCCAUUAAGAUCAACACUGUUGACUUCAGGUGGAUAUAGAUUGCACUCUUAAAAAGAAGACACAGUCUGUUCACCCUUAAGAGAACAUACAGAUAGCUGAGAGAUAUUUUCCAAGGCCUUGCCUGUUCAUAAUUGAAUUAGAGCAUUCUGACUGGCGAAUGCAGAAAAACCUGGCUAACAUUUGAAAAUUACCUCUAAAAUGUUUUGUGUUGCUAGUGUUUUGAGAUUCUGCGUUUCACUUUGUGCAAAAUUUUCCACAUGCAGGCUUCUCAAAUUUUUCAGAAAGUGCUGUGCAGUUUUUUGAAAAGCAAGGCUUGGAAUCCCAGUAAGUAUAACAAACAACUAUGUAGAGAUGCGUAUUGUUAUUACUAGGUUCUAUUCAACUAACUUUUACUCAGAAAGGACCCCCUGAAAUUAAUGGCUAUGAUUAAUUUAGGGCAUUCAUUUCAAUGGGUCUACUCUGAGUAAAGGCUAAUUGAAUACAACCCAUUGAAAUGUUAUCCAUGCUCUCCUUUUAGUUGAAUUUUGUUUGUAUUAAGGUUCUUUAAUUCACAGGAGCAGAUGGGACAAGGGUUUCAAACCCAGCAAAGCCUUUCACAUUCUGUUCAUGACAGUAAUUCUUUGUAUACCUCAAACUGCUUCUGAAACUGUUGGGUACAGCUUCUGAUGUGGCACGUGAGAGCUGCUCUUGACAGAAAGUAAAGGUUCCAGUGGACUUUCAUGAUAUGGGUCCUGUUGCAGUAGGACCUCACAUUCCUGAAUACCACAUUCCUGAUGUACCAGACCACGCUUUCUAUUUUUCAGUUAUUCCUUUUGAGUUUGUAGAAACUUCAAAAGCCUAUGAAUCAAAUGUUUUCGAAAUGGGAGUUCAUAAUUUGCAACUCCACACUUUUAGAGUAGAAACUGCAAAAGCCUAUGAAUCAAAUGUUUUCGAAAUGGGAGUUCAUAAUUUGCAACUCCACACUUUUAGAGGAAAGGUGAUGAAAUGCAAGUGAGAACAGAGCUCCUGUCCUCUUUUUAAUUAUUGAGUUUAGUUGCAUAACUAGCUGCAAUCGCUGAAAUUUCUUAUUGUAUUGGAACUCUUUUUCUUGAGUCUUGGUGGCCUGGCUUCAGGAUGCGAACAGGGCUCUGGAACGGACCCCAUUUGCAUCCAGAGGUACCACUGUAUUUUGUUGGAAGCCGCCCAGAGUGGCUGGGGAAACCCAGCCAGAUGGGCAGGGUAUAAAUAAAAAAUUAUUAUUAUUAUUAUUAUUAUUAUUAUUGGCUCAAUGGCCAGGCCAACAAGACUCAAGAAAAAGACAGAGAGCCCUGUUCUCAUGUGCAUGAUGUUAUUUUGAGCGUCUGCGCAUGCGUGAGCGGCAAAACCUGGAAGUAACGCGUUCCAUUACUUCCGGGUCGCCGCGGAGCGCAACCCGAAAACCCUCAACCCGAAGCUACUUCAACCUGAGGUAUGACUGUAUUAAAAUACAGCAGUCUGUCAAACAUUAAAAGCUUCCCUAAACAAAGCAAUAUCUAACUAAUUCUGACCACUGUAGUGGCCAGAAAUUCAAUUCUGAUAAUCAUCAGGUGAAACCUCCAAUUUGUUCAUCCACAGAUGUAACAGAUUCUUUAAAAGUUGCUAGCAGUAAAGGGUGACAGUGGGCAAAACGGUAUUGUUCUCCAUCCUGUGGUACGCUACAGCAUCAGUAUCAUGAUUUGAAGGGUGUGUGAGAUUAUACACUUAAAAUAAUCCUAGAAAUGAUGAGUUGGAAGGGACCACAAUUCCAAUUAGUCCAACCCCCUGCUAUGCAGGGAACUUUUGCCCACGACCCUGAGAUUAAGAGUCUCAUGCUCUACCAACUGAGCUCUCUCUCUCUCUUAUGUAUGAAACACACAAGCGGAACCUUCAACAAAAAUAUUGCAUUGGAGAGAGUUCCUAUUCGGAAUGCAAGCCUUGCCCUCCUACACGGUAUUCCGUACCACUCCCUCUUCCAUUCCACUCUGUUCCCAUGCUAAGCCCUCAGCAAUCAUGUUUUUUGUGUUCUUCCCCUGCCCAAGUGCACACAGAUUUUUGGGGUACUUUUGUAAACCUGGGGUUUUCCCCAAACUUUCUUCUGUUACCUCUCUCUUCUGGGUGUGAUUCAUCAUGUUGCCUAUAUAAGUAUCCACAAAUGGAGAAAGAGUUUUCAAUUAGUAUAUAGCAAGAGUGGGCAACUGGAUCUGAUGGACAGGCUAGCGCCACCCCACCCCAAACACCCAUCAAUCAUCGAAUGUCAGGUGACCUAUUUUAUCUACAGUGGGGCUUGCAAAACACUAUAUACAGCAAAACAUAAUGCAAACCUACUUUUAGCCCAGUUGCAUCUUUCCCUGUAUCUCAUAUGAGGUUAUGUGUAGGUAUGGUUUGGUCAAAAUGGCCUGGCAGGACAAAUUGGAAUAUCUGGCAGACCUAAUUUGACCCAUGGGCUAGAGGUUCCUUACUACUGAUACAUUGAUGUUGACACACAGAGAUGCACACAUGUACCUGCUAUUCAUCUCCUGUAAAAAACAAUGAACAACCCAUUAUUGGGCAGCAAGUACCAAAGGAACUUUGGCAUAAAUGACUUGAUAUCUCAGAAGACACUUUUUUACUAUUACAGUCAUACCUCUUGUUACAUUUACUUCAGGUUGAGUGUUUUCAGGUUGCGUCCUGCAGCGACCCGGAAGUACCGGAAAGGGUUACUUGCUGGUUUUGCUGCUCACGCAUGUGCAGAAGCGGUGAAUCGUGGGACGCGCAGACGCGGGUUGCGUUCUGCUAAUGUUGCGAACGGGCCUCUGGAACGGAUCCCGUUCGCAACCAGAGGCAUCACUGUAUGCAUCCUGCAAGAGUAGAUUGGUUUAAUAUUUCUGAUUUUCAGUAAUAAGUUUAUUUCUUAACAGUUGGAAGGGAAAUAAUGGCUUUUGUUUGCUUUUUUGUUUUCCUUUGUCAUGUUAUGUAAGAGCAAAAUAUAUACCAUGUCCUUAAAAUGUUGGAAAAGUUGACAAUUGUUUCCCCUUUUCCCUUUUUUCUUAGGGGUCCUGUUUCUAAACUAACCUUCAAAUUCUUCUUGGCUAUCCUUUGUUCGUUUAUUGGUGCUUUUUUGACAUUCCCUGGAUUGAGAUUGGCUCAGAUGCAUCUGGAUGCUUUGAGUUUAUCAACUGAAAAAAUCACCCAGUAAGCCACGUCAUGUAGAACUUUGCUUAAAUCUGCCAGUAGUAAUAUUUGGGCAGCACUUUUUCUUUUUUCCUCAGCUAAAAUACCAAUUCAUAACCAGUUUUCAGUGUACAAUAAAAGUCAAGGAAGGGCUGGAAAAGUCAAGGAAAGUUGUAGCAAUUGUUCUGCAUGCAGAAGGUUUCAGAUUCAGUCCCAUGCAUCUCCAUGCAGAGCUUGAAAAGAUUCCUUUUUGAAACUCUGAAGAGCCGCUAAAUUUGGUGUAGAAAGUAUGAAUCUAAUGGACCAAUAAUCUGACUCUGUAUAAGGCAACUUCCUAUUUUCCUAAUGAGAAUAUGGCUAAACCAUCUAUUAAACAUUUUAAAAGAAGAAAAGGCAGGGGUGAGGAGAGGAGGAAAACGAGACUUGUGUUCAGAAGUCUUAAAGGUGAAUACCCGGAACAGUUGAAUAUCUGAAUAGAGCACAUUUAUUCAGUGAGGAACCUGGCAUAGUGCAGGUGAAGUGGCCCGUGCUGUCUUAAGGCACAGCGGUGGCAGCUCCAAAUUGUGUGUGAUAUCUGAGACCCCAGGAAUGUUCAAGAAUGCUGGACAGGAAUAAUAACAUCAUGGUUGCCUGUGCCUGUAAGCAACCUUGCUGCUGCAUUCUGAACAAGCUGCGAAUGAUGGAGAAGCACUGUUGGAAACCCCUAUAAGAGGAUUAACAGACAUUUAGUCCUGUGGCUAACCCAGAGAUAGGUUGCAGUGGCGGGUCAGCUGGGAAGUAGUUUAGGGACAUUAUGCCACUGUGAAGAAUCCUCAGAUGACUUGAUCAUUGGAUAUGCUCAUAGAAAAGUCACGGGAAAAGAUGAUGCCCAUAAAUUAUACUUGAUCUGCUGCCUUCUGUUGGGCCCCAUUCACAAGCAGAAAAACCCAAGGGAAAACAUAAGUUUCAUCCCAGCUACCUCUUUCUACUUGCAUUGCCUUAGUGCUUUCAAAUUGCAGAGAUGUUGUUUGCUAACUAAACAGUUUAUCUGUUUCAAAGUUUCCUUCUCUACUGUCUAAUCAACAAAUGUGCUACUUUAGAAUAACAGUAACUGAAUUAUAUUUUGGUUCAUUAAUAAAUUUGGUUUGGUGUGUGGAUUAGGGGUGAAGCUGUGCAUUCAUUGGAAUUCCCUACACUUAGCUUGACUGUCAAUGUAAUAGACUGAAAUAUCUGUUUGGGAACCCCAAAGCCCAAUGAGCCUGCCAGAGAGUGGGGGGCAUUCCUGAGCACAUAGCUAACUCAUAUUCAGUGCUAUCGAGACUUUUUGAGUUUCACUGUUGCACUGUGCAACUGGAUAGUGAAUCUUACAAUAUAAUCUAAAUUGAAAAUUUGGUAGUGGCAAGCAAGCUAGAGCCAUUGUGGGUCUUCCUCCUGAAGAAAUGAUGAUGAUUUAUUAAAUUUAUAUACUGCCCUCCAUCUGUAGAUCUCAGGGCGGUUCACAACAUAAAAAUACAAGAUCCCCCCCCCAUAUACAAAAUUCAUAUUAAAUACAAGAACAAAAGCAAACUAACAACCUCACCCAGGAUUAAAUACAGGAGCUCCAGCAUUUUCAGUGACAUUUUGAAAACCACCAUCCUAGCAGAUAAAACAAAUGUAUCAGAAGGGUUAUGAGCUAGUUUGUAUGUAUUUUACUUUAUUUUCAACACAGCAAUUUGAAAAUGCAGUUAUUAUGGUGCAUUAAUUUUGUUUCUCUAUUUAACUUUCAGAACUCUGCUGCAUAUAAACUUCCUGGCACCCCUCCUGAUGGUCUUAUUGUGGGUAAAACCUAUUACUAAGGACUAUAUAAUGAAUCCCCCAUUGGGAAAAGAGAAUGUGCCUUUGUAAGUUGUUCUUGAAAAUCUACCUUGUAAAAUGUUACCGUACAUGUACCACUUUGUAGAGGGACAUGGGUGAUGCUGUGGUCUAAAUCACUGAGCCUCUUGGGCUUGCUGAUUGUAAGGUCGGCAGUUCAAAUCUCUGUGACGAGGUGAGCUCCCAUUGCUUUGUUACAGCUCCUGUCAACCUAGCAGUUCAAAAGCAUACCAGCACAAGUAGGUAAAUAGGUGCCACUGCGGCAUGAAGGUAAACAGCAUUUCCAUGCGCUCUGGCACUUGUCACGGUGUCCAGAAGCCAUUUAGUAAUGCUGGGCACAUGACCCGGAAAAGCUGUCUGCAGACAAAUGCCAUCUACCUCGGCCUGAAAGCAGAGAUAAGUGCUGCACUCCACAGUACACUUAACCGUCCAGGGCUCCUUUACUUUUAUCUUUUUUACUUUCUAAACCAUUAUAGCUCUAUUGAGUGGAAAGAGGACAACUUAACAAUUGCCCCAGCUUUAAUACUUGGAAUUUUGUUCUUUUUUAGUACCAAGGAAUAUAACAUAUAUUAUGGUAGCUUGUUAUUCAUUCUCUUCUAAUGGUUUAACUUUGAUGGUAGUAACAUAGAGAAAGGCGGCCACUGGAAUCAAGAAAAGGCAUUGGUUAAUGUUAUCAAACAGAACCUACUCCUUGGUCUACAGAGAUCUCAACUAUUAAUACCACUAUAUUCCCUAUAUAACUGCAAAGGAGGCAGCUGCUUAUGUAAAUCACCGAGAAAUUGUAAUGCAAAGGAUCUAUUGAUCUUUAGGCAUUGGGGAGAAACUUCUGAAAGUUAGCUAUAACCACUGCGUGCACAGAAAUUGUUAUAUUUUAAUAUGCAAUGUUCUUACACAUCUGCUAUGAAUUCUUUGGUAAAUACAGAUGGCAAGGAUCUAUAUUUGGUGCCUGUCCUCCUGGCUCCUUCAAGCAAAUCUUGCUUUGCCACUUCAUAAAAAUGUUUAUAUUUAAUUUCAUAACUGUCACUGGGAGGUGGGGAGGAAGUGUUUAAUAAUAACUUAAGAACUUGCUUGUGAGCAUAAAUGGCACCAUUUUAUAGCUUGUCUAGCUCUCUGUAACAAUGAAACGAGUUCUGGGCUUGGAUAGGAUUUUUUUUAGCAUGAACAGCAUACAGAACAAUUUGGAAGAUUUCUUGUAAUUGCUUGACAUUUAAUAGAACUGUGGCAUGAGAUAGAAUGAGAAUGAGACUGCAAUACAAAGCCCAAAGCAGUAAAAAGACCAAAUAUCCUGUCCAGUAAACUGCAUAAAUUAAAAAGUCAGUAUUAAUUAUCUUCUGUUGCAUCCCUCCCUGUAAAAAUACACUGAACAUAUUUUUGUCCUUCUCUUUGACAAGGGAAAAGAAAGACAAAUGUGUCAAGACUCAUUUAUUUACUUGAGUACAUAUUGCACCCAAUAUCUAAAAAUCUCUGAGAUAGGAAUGCUAACUAUAAAGUAGUAAUAAUAAGAGAUUUUCUACACUCCCUCUCCUAAAGGUUUGUGACCAUCAACAUCUCUGUAUAUUCCAUUGACAUUUGAAUGUUUUCACUCUGUAGUGGAAUUGUUUCUUUCAGCACUCCAGCAGCCUUGUACAAAAUGAAAAAUAUGUGCUUGGUACAGUGUAGGAUGUCCUUUGGAAAAUCACUGCAUUCCUUUUUCUCUAAUCUGCAGAAUGUCAGAAGCAACAUUUGAUACUCUCAGGUUGUGGAUUAUAAUUCUCCUGUGUGCUUUGAGGUUAGCCAUGAUGCGUAGUCAUCUCCAAGCCUAUCUUAAUUUAGCACAGAAAUGUGUGGAUCAAAUGAAAAAGGAAGUUGGCAGAAUAAGUACAGUUGAACUACAGAAAAUGGUAAGCCUGCCUGAAAGAAAAAUAGUGUGUAUAAAACAAAUGAAGUAACUAAUGAUAUAUUUAGACUCAUGAUAUAUUAUAUAUAUUUAAAUUCAUGGGUACAGUACUGUCCCAUCUUGUAUUUAUAGUCAACCUGAAAUGUUAUCUGGAAUCAUGGUACUGUGACUUUAGGGACAUUUAAACCUAAUAUUUUCUGGCAAUAAUUACUUCUUGCUUUUCAUUAGUUCUGAAGGAUAUUACUGCAAUUCUAAUGGUUAGUUGAUAGAGCAAUUCAUGACAUUGUAGGAGGGAAACAGUGGUUAUCAAUGAAAAUGGCUGUUUUGAUUGAAGGCUAAAAGACAAUGAAAGUUGCAAUCAGCAGAUCUAUGUUUUUUUGCCUUGGAGAAAUAGUUUAGUGCUAUGGUAGUGGGAGUCCCUUUGAUUAUCAAGGGGUAAUACUACUUUAACCAGACGAGUACCUGAAUGGUAAAUCUAAUCCUAAUGUAAACUAUAUACUUGCUUUUAGGGAGUGUUUAGGACAGAAAUAGCAAACAGAUUUCAAAGGGAUCACUAUUAAAAUUGCAUGGGUUUUCAGAUUGUUCUGUUCAGUGUUGUGAUUUAGUCUUUUACUCUAUUUUGAUACUAUGUAUGCUUUAGAUUUCAGCUUGUGAUUUUGUUACUGCAUUCUUUCUUGUAAACUGUUCAGAAGGUUUUUCUGUUAAGUGAUAGAUAAAUUGUACAAAAUAAACUGUUUCUAGACUAUUUGAUAAUACCAACAACUGUGCUUAAUUGCUUGCUAUGUGAUAGUCAUACUGCAUUGGCUUGUGCACUGAGUUACUCAAUAUUUUUGUUAACUUAGGUGGCCAGAGUGUUUUAUUACCUUUGUAUAAUUGCACUUCAGUAUGUGGCGCCUCUGGUUAUGCUGCUUCAUAUGACUCUGCUGCUGAAAACUUUAGGUAAGAUGUAUCCAAUAGAGAAAAGAAUCUGCUAAGUAAUGCUGUUUUCUAAAAUGGUAUUAUUUUGUUAAGUAUUCUGGGAAGAAAUGGCAAGCCAAGAUGUUGAGGCUUGACAAGCAUUCCUGCAUGCUUCUGUGUACGUAGCUCUUAUCUCUGUUGCAAAUCCAGGAAUAACUGGCAGGAUGUGCAUAUAUAAGACAGCUUGCAAUUAGGGCAGUUCUUGCUCAACAACAGCUGAAGAACUGAAUGUAUCAGUGAUUUUGCAUAAAACUGUAAAGUAAAGGUAAAGGUAAAGGUACCCCUGCCCGUAUGGGCCAGUCUUGACAGACUCUAGGGUUGUGCGCUCAUCUCACUCUAUAGGCCGGGAGCCAGCACUGUCCGCAGACACUUCUGGGUCACGUGGCCAGCGUGACAAGCUGCAUCUGGCGAGCCAGCGCAGCACACGGAACGCCGUUUACCUUCCCGCUGGUAAGCGGUCCCUAUUUAUCUACUUGCACCCGAAGGUGCUUUCAAACUGCUAGGUUGGCAGGUGCUGGGACCGAACGAUGGGAGCGCACCCCGCCGCGGGGAUUCGAACCGCCGACCAUGCGAUCGGCAAGUCCUAGGCGCGGAGGCUUUUACCCACAGCGCCACCCACGUCCCAUAUGCAUAAAACUGUAGAAUAGUUAUAUUUUUGUGAAGGGCACACAUGUAUUUGUGCUUUCUGUCCAUGAGAUUCAAAAUGCGUUUGUUGGGCAUAACAUAUUACACUCCCACUGCCUCCCACCAAUAAGUGCUGUUCUUGCUAGAAGGUAUAAAUCAGUUCUUAGAGACACAAAGUUUGUUCAAUACAAAAUAAUUUUCAUUGGGAACUAGAGUUGGGAAUAAGGUGAGCAGAUGUUUUGGUCAUUACUUGUAAAACUGUAGGACAGAGAAGCAGCAUUUCUUUAUUAGUCUUCUCUCUCUUAUUUAUUUUUUAAAAAAAACUUUUACGUCAUUAUUCAUAAAAAAAAAUCAGAGUGGUUUAUAAUAAUAGUAUAUAAAACCACACAGUAAAAACUGUACUAAAAAGUUAAAAUCAGAAAUCAGUUAACUAUUGUGGAAUUCUUAAUUUCCUGAAUAGAAAGGUUUUCAGCAGGCAUUUAAAAGUUGAAACAGAAGGCGCCUCUAUUGGUAGAGUGUUGCACAAUAAUGAGUUGAUGACACUAAAGGCUUGGUUUCUUGUCAAAUGAGCCUUUCUAGCUCAAGGAACAACCAACAACAUUUCUGCAGACGAUCUCAGUGAUUGAGCUGGGAUAUAGGGGUUUAGGCAGUUCUCUUGAGGUACCUUGGACCUAAGUUGUUCAGGGUUUUAUAAAUUAAUACAAGGACCUUGAACGUGGCUUCAUAUUAGAUGGGUAGCUAGUGCAGAGGUUUUCCCCUUCCCAAGUCAUGUAUUCUUAAUUUCUGAAUCGGUGAAUGCUGUCCUAAACUUAAUUUUAUAUUUCAAAGCUCAGGCUUUGCACACUAAAAACAAGAAGAAAGUAUAACUUGUGAUUUUGGAGCUUGCACAUUUGACUUCAGGGGAGAUGUGCAAAUUCCUGUUUCAUCUGUUGCUGAGAGCACGAAAAAAGGAAAUUAAGUUUGUAUUGAGCAAAGCUGCUUUGUUCAUCUUGGGAUUCAGGUGGCUUCCAUUUUAUUACCUUCCAGAAACUGCUUCAGCUCUUUACACCGUGAGCACUAGUCAUAUCCUUGCUUAUGGACAUAUAAUUAAAAAUGAUCAGAGAGACUAUAACCCUUAACAUCUGUCUUACUUUCCUCCUGUAGGUAACUAUUCCUGGGGCAUUUAUCCAGAAGCUACUUCAGAUUUACCAGUGGAGAGCAGUCCACUGAGCAAUUCAGUAAACUCUGAAUCUUCAUCUGAUGAUGGAAAGGUGAAGGUAACUGUAAUACAGCUAACAAUGGCACUGGCUAGCCUGAAGAACAUUUUCACUCCACUUUUAUUCAGAGGACUUCUGUCCUUUCUCACUUGGUGGAUUGCUGCUUGUCUCUUUUCCACAAGCCUUUUUGGGCUGUUCUAUCAUCAGUACCUAACAGUGGCAUGACCUAACAAGUUCAAAGCUAGGAAGCCCAUGUGCCCAAAGGAGACUGAAGAAAAAAUGGAAGAAAUAACACGACAAAGUCUUUUUCAUAAAUGCUUUCUCCAUGUUCCGGGCAAUUGUUGGGUAAUGUUGGAAAUCGCAAACGAGUUUGUAACUUUGUUACCUAAAGUUGUAGGUAACUGCUGAAUUGUUUUUGGACUGCUUUGAAAUAUGUCGGAAGUACCUUCUGUUUUGGUGAACUUCGUGCUGCCCUGAAAACACUGUGUUAUUCAGUCAUUGAUUGGCUGAUCUUAGUGGUGUUAAGGUACUAGGGUUAAUAGUCACUGCAUAGAAAAUGGAACGUUCAACUGAGCCAUAUAAGGGGGUUGGAGAAGUUAUCCUGUUGGCAAAAACAUGGGUGACUUUUCUACUGAAGAGCAAAGUCAUCCAACAGGACAAAGAAAUACUGUAUAUUACAGUAAAGGAAGCUGUUUCAAAAGAGUUUAUUGUAAAUAAAAUGCAUGGACUCAGCAAGCAUUUGUGCUAAAGGACUUGUUUACAUAUUACGGUAAGGGUAUUGUAUUGCAAUAUUGUGUCACUUGGUUACUUAAUGUAUGAAUGUUCAGGAGUGUGCAGUUGUCAGACUUUAAAAGCAUUUCACUCUUUGAGCACUCACAUACUUGAAACGCAUCUUUUAGUGGUUAUAAUGGAAGAGCAGUAAGUCAUAAGACUGCAAGACUACGUGUACCUCACUCCUGCACAUUCAUGUAUUAGAACUAUGCAAAGUGGUAUAAUAUGCUGAGGCUUCCACAGCAUAUGUGAGGCACUGUAUCCUAUAAUGUAAUGUGUCAGGAAGUCCUAAAGAAUUUUCAUAUUGUAAAAGUAAAUAUAUUGUUUCAGUCUUAAUAGUCUUUUAAAAAAUAAUAAAUGGCCAUAUGACUCCUUAGACGUAUUGGUGCUAAUAUUUAUCCACUUAGAUCCAUUUGGGUUUUACUGUUCUGAAAUUAAGACAGAUUUCAUUGGAUUCACAAGAAAGGUUGACACUAAUCAAAGUCUCCUAAACUUAUUUUACUAUGUGUGUAUAGUUAAUAGAUCACAAUAGGUGAAAAUAUUGAAAUUUCCCUAUGAAUGUGUACUGCAGGACAGACAAGCUUGGGAGAAUUAAUAAGGGUUAUGCUGUGAAAAGAUUCGUCAAUGCCUUUAAUUAUAAGUAAUCAUAGCUGCAAUGUCAAUGAAAGCACUGUAGUUCAGGAGUAGCCAGUGAGAUGCUCUCCAGAUAUUAUUAGACUCCAUCUCCCGUCAGCCCUAGCAGCAUGGCCAGUGAUCAGGGACUAUGGGAGUUAGGAGUCCCAACAACAUAUUGAGGAUACCGAGUUGGUUACCCUCUGCUCUAGAAUUGUAUCAGAUUUUGUAAUUUUCAGUGAGCCACCUGCCCUGCCUGGCUGUUACAAUCUUGUUAUAAUGGACGCAGAUUCUAGAUGGUUCCAGAGUACGUUGCACUGUUGUGGCCACCUUUUUGCUAUGGCACAUAUAAUACUGUAUAGCAGUAGCUGCUGUCACCAGACUAUUAGCACCCUAGAAUAUGGUACCAAGUGCAAUAUGCAGAGUUAGCUCAUGACAGCACCAUUGAUCACCGUAUCACACUCGUGCAGUAAUUGCUAUGCCCCGUCCUAAGUGUUCAACUGUCGCAGUAGCUGUUGGGACUAUGUUAACAAACUUUGCUAACCCAGGUGAAGAAACUCCAGCUAAAGCUUUUCAUUUACUUGUCUGUAUAUUCUAUGUCGGUUGACAAUGUUCAGUUGGAAAGAUAGAAACAGCAGUUGUUCGUAAAACUGAUUUUUCUAGCAUUUUGCUUGUUUUUGUUUCAGGAACUGAACUGGGCAUUCAUAUAGAUAAGGUGGAAGGAUUUCUUACUGUAGCAUGAGAAACAGCAAUUCACAAUAAUCUUAACAGUUCCUCUACUAGUGUAAACUUGAAAACGGGAACUGCUAGACAAUUUGCCUUAGAUGCUUCUGCCUAACCAAAAAGGCAGUAUUUCCCAAAUGCCAGGCUCACCUUCUAAACUGAUUGUCUCUUCUCUUUUAUUGGACCUUAAACUUAAUUCAUUAUACAAGCCUUGGUUCUCUCUGUGCGUGUGCGCAUAGACACAGCACAUAGAAACCUGAGAAUUGCCUUGUGGCAUCAAACUUGUCAUCCACAUGCCCCCAAGAGGUUUGCAAUUAAGGCAUUAUGGAGACACCUGUCCCUUGUUGGUUGAUCACAUAAUAUGGAGGUUUCAUUUCUCUGCCUUAGCUUCUACACACUUUUGCUUUUCUACUUCAGCUCCAGCCUGUUGUAACUUGGCCUGGAAUGUCAGGGACUUGUAACAUUACACCAUUUGAGAAGAGUACUUAGUUAAGGCCUAAAACGGUACAUUGUCACCUUCACUGCUGGUGUUUAUGCACUUUAUUCAGACAGAGAAUGCUGUUAGGAUUAUAAAUACUGUAUCUCAAAGGUGAUUAUGCUGGUGUAGAGUAGUUAAAAGAAUGAGUCCAACUGGUGGCUUAUUGACCAUAACAGAGUCACACCCUGACCUAAAGGGAGCCAUACCAGUAGUUUCAUCACUUGUACUUAAAAGAGAGAGAGAGAGAAGAGAAAGAUGAAUGUCUACCAUCAAAAAUUGGAAUUCAUUCCCAUUAGCAGGGUGCAUUUAAAGGAUUGCAGGUCUGAAAACACCAAAGCUUAAGAUUAAGAACCACAGAAAGAACUGUACAGAACAACGGUGAAUGGUAGUAAAACUGAUUUAAAAAUCUCUUGUACAUCUCAUUCUGCUAGUAAUUAUAAACCUGCCCAGCUUUUUAUAGGUAGGCAAGGUGUUUGUGUAAAGUACUCAAGUGUUUCAUUCAUAGACCUGGCUUGCAUGUAAUGCUUUGACAAACAAUGACUUAGUGGAAAUGUGCGGGUUCCUGGAGACAAGAUUCUGACUGCUUUUCUCCUCCGGCACUGGUGCUUCCAUUUUGCUGUGAACUAAAACAUAGUUUGGCUUAGCGUCACAUCCAAAUCCAGGCAAUCCAGGCUUGUGGUUUAACACAAGAUGUAGCCGAGUUUUAUUCUGUGGUAUAACAUUCAUGAUUUGUCUGGAGGAGAUAAACCACUAGCCCAGGUUCAUAUGUAAUGCUAAACCCUAACUAUGGCUUAGCUCACAGCCGCAGGACUGGAAGAGGAGCAAAAUGGGUGCAUCCUUCUUUCCAGGAUCCCACACAUUUGCUUGUUCUCACUAAGACUUGAAACCUUUUUAUGAAGUGCCCUGGCAGGCUAACACUUUGUCAGUGAUGCUGUGUAGACUCUGUGUUACUAGAAUACCGUGUUACUAGAAUACUUCACUUUGACUCUUUGUAUGAAAAGUGCACGUGUACGUAAGCUUUGCACAACUCACAUCUGAACAUUGCAAAGGCAAUGUUUAUUUGUUUAAGGAGAAGGAAAAAAUCAGAAUCCAAACAGUUGUUCUGUUCUGAAGUGUGGUAUCCAGCCUGAGGGCUUAAAACAAAAAAAUUAACGCAGUUUGGUUAGUUUAAAUGAUAGUAGGGCUUUAUGGAAUUCUGAAGGAAGCAAUUUUUUAAAAAUAAUGGCUUGGAUCCUAACACAAGCAAGUGAAAAGCUACAAUCACACAAUGGAGCUUUCUUAUCUCUCACCCCCACUGCAACCACUUGUGCCUGAAAAGCCACUUUUGAGGCACAAGAUCCUCAAAUAUCAUGGUACAGGAGACUGCAGCAAUAGAAAUGGAGGGAUAUCACUUUGGCUUGCACAGCUGCACUUUUGGAUCCAAAUCAUUAUAUCAAACUUGGCCUGAAAAAUAUUGGUGUCCUGUGAUGGCUUCUACAGCAUUGACCAUCCUUCUGAAAAACAGCUGUGACUAAAUAAAUAAAAUAUCUAGGUUACAGUGGUGCUGAUAUGGUUCACCCAGAGAAUGUUGUUUUUCUGCACAUAAAUGUACUCAUCAAGUGAUUUCACCAUGCAACUUGCCUGCAUAUCAGAGCUUUCGCACUCAGGUUUCAUAGAGAGGGGGUAGCUCUGUGUAUGUGAAGGAAUGUGCACCAGUGCCUCGAUCAAAGUGAAUGGGACACCUUGCUUGCAUAGGAUUUCCACAUGCUGAUUGGAGCAUACUGAGCGAUCUCGUGCCCAUUUGUGCUAUUGCACUUCCGAUAUGUAUAUGUGAGCUGGAGAACAUGAAGCAUGGAAAAAAGAUUGCGAAGGAAGGAAACAGUAUGGAGAAAAGCAUUGUAAUAAUUGGGGUUAUCAACAGUGGCUGAAACCCAGGUCUGUCUUGAUAAAAAUACAUAAAAAUUGGAUUUAUACUUUUAAAAAAUGCAAGUUCAAAAAUAAUCUAUGUUUAAAGGUAUAGAUCUUUCAUUUGCUUGAAUCUCUGAUGUGACACACUAUAUAAAUAACCCUUUCCGUGCAGUUGAUGCCUUUAGGUUGUCUUUAAAUGCUUGUUAAGCUAUGAUACUUCACAACAAUUUCAAGUAGAAUUAGAACUGGCAACUUUUCUGGCUUUUAACAGGUCCAUCUAUUUCUUCAUCACUGUACCACCAUGUUUGCAGAAACUUUACCAGCUGAAUUUCUCCUUGUCAUAUAAUUUGUUUAAACAUAAGAGCUUGCUGGGGGAGAGGUGGAUGUUGGCAACAGUGAAAUACAGAAUUAAUCUUUCAUUGCUUCAUGAUACUACUAUACUUUUGCCUGUGACUAAGCUUGCAAGGCAGAUUAACUUCAUUUUCUAAAAAUGUUGGGGGUAGCAUAAAAUUAUACACCUGAGAUCAUUAGAAACCAGUGUCUUUUUAAAAAAACUUUCUUUUUUAGUAAAAUGCAGAACCUAUAGAAAAGAUACUUUAAAUUUUUCAGUACCGUAGAGCAAGAACUAUCUAGUCCUUACAAGAAACCCAUUACUUAAGCAUCCCUGACCAUCCAGCUUGUUUAAAAUGCUCUAAGGAAGAAGAAUCUAUUGCCUUAUGAGGCAAUGUGUUCUGCUUUUGAACACUGUUAAGUUUCUCGUGAUGUUUAACCUAAACCUUUUUUCUUGCAACUUGAACCCAUUGGUUUGAAUUCUACCCUCUCAAGCGCUAGAAAACAGAUUUGAUCCAUCUGUGUGUCGGAUAAUGUCAUCUUUGACAUCCUUGCUGUGUGAUCUCUUUAGAAGUGGGUGGUAAAUUGGAACAUUGUAGCAAUGAUAAGAUAGACAUUUAAGGCAGGAGCCACCUAACUUUGUCAGUGGAAGCCCUGAACAAGGACUUCUGUUUGCAGAAUGGAGUUUCCCCCCUCCUUCCUCACACCCCCAGAACAGCGGACAAGUGGAAGAGAAGGAUGAUCCUUUAAUUUGGCAAGCUGCAAUUUGGCAAGUUGCAAUGUGCAAGCUGCAAGCUGCAAUGUGCAGAUGAAAUGUUCAUCAUAGUGUGAUAUCAACUUAAUACUGUAUGGUUUCAACUUAAUCUUGAUCCAAUGCAAACACAUCUGAAUGGCAGAAAACUUUCUUAGAAGCCUUUCUGGGCUGUUGUGUGAUAAAACCAAAAAGUAAUAUGAGAAUUAACUUUUUGUUCACAGGUAAGAGAAUACAAAUUGCACACAUAAACCAAUAGACUGGAUAAUCACUAAUUUUAAGUCCAGCUUUAAGUCCUAAAUACAGUAACUGGAAGAAAGUCUCUCAGUGUUACUUGAAAGUAAUCAUGUUUAAGUCUUCAGCUUCUUAUAACCAACAGACAUCUCUAUCUUCUUGGCUAACUGUUAUUUUCUCAAAACCCACACACAGCUGGAGAAUUCAGAUGAGAAAUGAGCUUCCCAAUUUAUUUAUUUAUUCAUUUAUAUAAAAAACCUUUUUAGUGGAUCAGUCUACAAAUCAAAGUGCAGUGUUUGUAACUGGAACUCCAUAAAAUUAAGAUUGUACUGAUGGAAGCCCCCCCCCCAAGGGAAAAAAAGUCUCUUCUAUACUUUGUCCAUCUCUCAGUUCAUUGCCCAAUGCAGUUUGUGUAAUAUUCCAGUAUCCAUAGGGUAGGCUAUACUUCAAAACCAGCAGCAAGUAAGAAGGUAUAUGCAAAAGGUGGGGGCCAGGAGACCUCUUCUAUAACCUACAAAUUUUUACACCAUGUGUAAAGAAAUCGUAUUGCUUAUUGCUAUAUUUUAUGCCUGCAAAUAAAAGCAAUAUAUUAAUCUGCUUUAUAUUUUUGCAUGUCAGGCAGCACUUUACUAAUAAUGGUGGGAAAGGAUAAGAGGUAGUUGUAAUAAGGCUUGUAAACUGCUCUGUGCUCUGCAAGUGCUAUAGAAAUUAUAUCCCAUUCAGUGUGUGUUGAUACCAAUGUAGUAAACACUGUGACUCAAGAUUUGCUUUUUGUAUAAUUCGUCAAAAUAUUCUAGGAGGAGCUGGAUUCUACAGUCUUCUCUGAAAUGGGUUGCUGGCUAAGCACCAGCCAUACUGGAUUUAUAUGAAUGUUAAUGCCUACUGUGGAUAGCAGUAAUUGCAUCAAUAAGUUUGCCUCUGCAAGCUAUCACUUCAGCUGGUGGGAAGCAAUAUCAAUUACGCUGAAUUUACUAGGCAAUAGAAUGUUCUUAGUACUGUAAUGUUAAUGUUCACUGUAACUUGACCAUUUAACCUGUUUGUUUGUUCAUACCAUACACGUGGACUGUUACUGUAUCUGUUCCUACUGAAUUGCCCAGAUCAGAAAAAGGCAAUUUAUUCAAACCAAAGAUCAAUAAAUAUGUUGUGGUGUUGACUUCUUUUGUACAUGUAGAAUGGAUA